AAUAGUCAGUUAAGAGGGUUAACGGUCAGGCGCAAGUGGGCAGCCCUUCUGUAAAUAAAGGGGUCCUCGGAGUAGCUGUCUCUAAUAAAGCAGGAUCCAAAAUGUCGGGAGAGGUGUAUCUCCUGUGGCUCCUCUCGCUCUUACAGACGCUGUCAGCGUACGGCGCCGACCUGUCGUCUGAGGCGUGCAGGGAGCUGGGCUUCUCCAGCAACCUGCUGUGCAGCUCCUGUGACCUGCUCGGGGAGUUCAGCCUCACCAAGCUGCAGCCCGACUGCCGGCAGUGCUGCCAGCAGGAAGCCCAGAUGGAAGCACGCAAGCUUUAUGCUGGGGCCAUCCUCGAGGUGUGUGGAUGAAAAUUGGGGAGGUUCCCCCAAGUCCAAGCUUUUGUCAGGAGUGAAAAGCCGAAGCUGUUCAAGGGUCUUCAGAUCAAGUAUGUGAGAGGCUCAGAUCCUGUACUAAAGCUUUUGGACGAUAACGGGAACAUCGCUGAAGAACUCAGCAUCCUCAAGUGGAACACAGACAGCGUGGAGGAGUUCCUGAGCGAGAAAUUAGAUCGGAUAUAGACACGAGAAUCCAACGUUUUUUGUUUUUAGUCUUUAGUUAAAGGGUAGGUUCACCCAAAUUACAAUAGCUCUAGUGGGAUCUAGCCAUGCAGAUAUUUUCAGUUCUAGUGCCAAGGUUGUGAGAUAUCUGUCUCUGAUUUCUGCGUCACCCCUUCAGUGCAGUUUUGUUUGUGGUGAUCAACGUGCUGAAAAAUGACAUUUACUGUAAAUUAACCAGCUAACUCAUUGGGACUAUUUCUUCUCUUACUGAAGAAAUGGUACCAAUGGAAACUGAUCAACAGACACUUUUUCGGAAGAUCUGUAGCUGUAAAUCAAAUUGUUUCCAGUGUUUUGACCACCACAAACAAAAAUGCGCUUACCUCCGUUGUAUUUAGGUUGUGGCCUGAAAUGGUCAGAUCUUUUUAAAACUUGAGCAGAUUAAAACAAACUAUCUAAGUGGCUAGAGACUAGUAUGGGAAAGUGAGAAUUCAUUUUUUGUAGUUUGUGUGAACUAACUGUUUAGUUAUAUACCAAUUUGUACACAACUUGGCCUUGAUAGAUGGUUGUUAAAUCACUGCUCUAUAUGACUGUUUUUGUAUCUGAAAGUCAUGAAUUUCUUGUCUGAAUUUUACCAAAUAACUUGUGAGACUAUGUGAGGGUGUGAAAAGACCUUCACGGAGCCCAGCCGGGCAGCACAUCUGAAAUAAGGAUCACCAUUACAGAUUAAUCAUGGCUCAAAGUGGGUCCUUAGGUUUUAAAAACAAUGCACAUCAUGACCUGUUUUGUUGUCCACCCUUUGUCCGAUAUUCUUGUAUAAUUGUUUUUUUUUUAUAACGCUCAACAUUGUGACUGAUGGGAUUAGUGGUGAGAAUGAAUCCUAGUUGCUCUCCGAAUGCAGUCGUCUUUGCUGUGGCACACGUUGGUGAAGACCUCACAGUAAACCAGUGUUGGGAUGUGAGGUCUGAUGUAUGUUUGUGGUUUUCGGCAUCUUCUGCUUUGAAGAGAAACUGGAUUUAUUUUGAAUGCUUGUUUUUGAGCGAGUGAGGUGACUGUUUAAAUAUGCAACAAUAAACAAAGUCUCUGAUGGUU